AUGUCUUCGUAUGAUAACGGUCGUUUACACAUUAUUUUGUCGACUAAAAUAAACACAUUGGAGUUUUUCACUUCUUUCUCCUCCUAUUUACUUGUGUCCAUCUCUCUCUCUCUCUCUCUCUCUCUCUCUCUCUCUCUCUCUCUCUCUAGCGGUCUUCGUAGGCGAGUUAUUCAAAGCACGUUGGAUUCAACCAACUCUCUGUGCACGCGCGUGUGUUCCUUUUCUUCUCAAACAGCUAUUCUAUCUAUCUAUCUAUCUAAUUCGGUUCACCUAUCAUUUAAAAAAAUUCUAUAUUUACUCCUCAUUUUUAACGAGUCUAUAUUUCUCCUUUUUUUCCUGCUUCCUUUCUAUUUUCUCCUUCUCGCUUCCUUUCUUCCUCCAUCUUGUUUUCUCUCUCUCUCUCUCUCUCUCUUCCUCUCUCUCUCUCUCUCUCUCUUCUCCCUAUUAUUCUCUUCACUUCUUUCUUUCUUUCCUGUUCUCCUUUCUCUCUAUUUCUUUCUCGAAACUUUUACUAAACAAUUUCUGCACAACUGCUUUUCAAAUCCUUUCUUUAUCUUUUCUUUUUCUUUCUUUAUUUCUCUAUCUAUCUAUCUAUCUAUCUAUUUAUCUAUUCAUCUACCUAUUUCUAUCAUUUUAAACAUGCAUUCUAAAUAUUCCUUAUUUCUCUCUCUCUCUCUCUCUCUCUCUCUCUCUCUCUCUCUCUCUCUCUAG